GCGUGAUGACGAAGAAGAAUGACGCCAUUUCGACCUCAGGAACCAAACUGUAGCCUGUAGUAGCACAACAACUCCGUUUCCUUUGAUGUAAAGGCUCUCCGACGCACCUUACCCAGAUUAUCAUCUUUAAAUGCCGCUAUGGAGCUGUAGGCAGUGUUCAUAAGCAGAGCGUUGAGGAAUGGUCUGACCGCAGCAGCAGCAAACAUGCACAGCCGUUUGCAGGAGUUGAAGAAGGAAGAGGAGACCCUCCUCAAAAUCAAAGUCAUGUUGCAGGACCAGCUGAACCGCUUGAAGUUUGAGGAAGGGGCCUUGAAGUCUAUCAUCAACGCUCAAACGGAAGAAGGAGCCUCCCAGGACAUUACCCCAGAAAACGAGGUUCAUGUUAAUCUUGAUGAUGAGAGCGAAAUCAACCGAACCAAACUCUUGCUGAAUAGUGCCGAGGAUUAUGACAUGGAGGAAGAGGAUGAGGAUGAGGAUGAAGAUGAGGAGAAUGAAAAUGAGGAAGACGAAUAUGAGGAUGAUCUUGAAUUUGUGCCUGAAGCGAAUGAGGAGGAUGAUUACUAAGAAUUAUGGGUUAUGUAUUUGCGCCACUUAAUGAGAACAUGGACACCUUUUAUUUCUUAGUUGGUAAGCCUAAUUUAUUUAGAUAGAUAUACAGUUACAGUGUAAUAGUCAGUGGUGCUAGCAGUGCCCAUCCUUUGCCUGAUUUAAAGCAUAUCUGCAUUUCUCCCUAUUGUUUAUUUUACAGUUUAUGAGAAAUGUGUCACUGAUAUGCUGUAAGGCAGCGUCAUUGGGUGCUCAUUCAGUAGCUUUCUAGACACAUUUUUGGUCAAGGAUUUACUUGAGAAUACAAAAUCCCAAUCGUUGAUGUGUGUGUCAUGAAGCAUUAUGGCUGGGCCAUAAAAGAGGAUAAAAUGUAUGUGUAAUUAUAUUGGAAAUGAGAAUUGUAAGCACAAAGAAUAAAUGUUUUGCUUUGUUU